UCGAAUUUGACAUUACUUCCAGCUGUUAGACGGCACCGCAGGCAGCUGUGGAUGGGGUUCCAUAGACGUCAGCUUAUUCAGGUUUAGAAAAUUCUCGGUGUUGAACAUUUCGAAGUGCUCGCGUUAAUGUUUUAUAACUAGAAAAAUGAGUUUAACUCGUAUCGGACAAUUGGUCGUGAAUCGGCCUCUUUUGGAAGGAUCUUUCAACGGAGCAGCAGUGGGCCGACGUCUGAAAACCCACUAUCGAAGUGGAGCAUUGAAAAAUGUUCCGCCGCGAAAACCUUUCGGAAUCGUCGGGGUUAUUUGUGCUGUAGUCCCGGGCCUGUUUAUCGGAGCGGCAAUUAGCAAAAGUGUGGCAAAUUUCUUAGAAGAGAAUGAUUUAUUUGUGCCAUCUGACGAUGAUGACGACGAGGAUUAAUCACAGUCUGGACUGAAAUGUCCGCAAACUUAGAUUAAAAUUUAAAAAAUCUCUUGCACAACAUAGUCAGAAUCAAAUUAGAUAGUUUGAUUUUUAAUUUAUGCAUUUUAAGAAUAAUGUAAAUCAAUUUGAAAUUACAAGCGCGAGUGAUCAUUUGCACUGCAGGGAAUGCAUUUCUGAAGUUAUAAAUAAAAGGCAGAAUUGAAGGUUA